AUGAAUUUGGUUGACGACGAACCAAUGAUGCCAGACGUCGUGUUAGAAAACCUCCAUAUUCCUAGCCUGCCAAAUGAACCAUGCAAUGACAAAGAACAAGAUUCCACAAGGGCCAGUAACAUUGUUGAACAUCCAAAUUGGUGCAUUGUCCUCAGGAUCAACAGUGACAAAGAUGAAGUUGAAAGCCUCCCAAAUUCUAGAAGCUUUGGCGGACCCCAUGACACAUCAGUUCUGAGAGAUUAUGAAAAUCACAUUACUCUGAGAGUCUGGAAUGGAGAGGAAUAUCCUGAGCUAAAGCUAGUUUCCCAUGGAAGGAAGAUGACUAAGUUUCAGAGGCCUGCUUUAGAGAUUGAAGGCCUUGUGGCUGCUAGCAGACUAAUUCCUCUGAUCGCAUGUUCCCUAGAUACGAGUGAUCAAGGACUAAUGUAUGAUUUUGUGGAACGCUGGCAUAAGGAAACUAAUAGUUUCCAUUUGCCCGUCGGAAAGGUGACUAUCACCUUGGAUGAUGUGGCAUCAUUGCUACAUUUGCCUAUCGUAGGAGCGUUCCAUAACUUCGAGCAACUUCAUGUCUACAACGCUGUCGAGAUGUUGGUCGAAUUACUCGAGGUCAGCGCUGCAGAGGUGAGAACAGAGACGAUUCAAUGUCAUGGCUCUUAUGUUCGACUAUUGUGGCUGCGAGAUGUGUAUUAG